CAACAGCUUCGAGAAAAUCUGAAAUGUUUCUUGGUUCAGUUUGAUGACAUUUUCUGCUGAAAUGACAGCCUGUGGAUAAAAAACUUGAUGCUGAACUACAUUUGGCAAAGAUGACACAGAACAUGUUUCAGGAGGGGCUGUACCAGGUGUUUGUAAGGGAGACACCCCCAACCUCACCACCGACCCAGAUCACUGCUGACAAUGAGGAGCUGUAUGAUGUCAGGAUUCAUCGAUGGUUUGGCACGGUAGUUAACACCAGAGUCCUAGUCGCUGGGGCGGUCCAGAUCAAUGGUGCCUUGGCUUGCAUACUUUUUACAGUCACCUAUGCAUGUGUGACUUACAACUGCUCUGUCUCCAUGAUAACAUCAGUGUGGUCAAGCCUAUCUUAUCUGGCUGCUGGUUGUCUGGCAGUAGAGGUUCAGAGGAGAGCUAAUCAACUGAAGGUCAUUACUCUGAUGGGUCUGAACAUCUUCAGUCUGCUGUUCGGCUUCACUGCUCUCCUGGCUAACAGUGUCAGCUCUACAGUGCCUUUCCCACUCUCCACAAAAGAACAGCGUGCUGGUUCAAGUGUUGCAAAGGGGAGCACCAUAGCUUUUACUGUUCAGUGUUUUCUUGCUUCAGUCUACAUACUUUUCCUGUCCUGGAAAGGUCUAAGUCGUUAUAGUUCAACCUACAGCCGCGUUUCACAGAAUCAAGAUGAAACCAAUGGGCCUCUGCUGGAACAAGAGGAAAUCACUCUGUAAAUCUCCGUGACCUGAGGAGGCUUACUCCUGAAUGCACCUCAUCGUUUUAACUAAGUUAUUGCUGUUCAUUAGCCUUUGUUUGACUCUUCAGAACAGCUUGGGUAGUAAAUUGCAUUAGGUGUUAUACAUUUGUAUCCUGAUAUAUUACUCUGUAUAACUUCUCUGGAUUCACACAAUGUCAAAACUGGCUUUCCUCAAGUCAAAACCUUCAUAAAUCAACCUCAUAUUUAUGUAGUGGUGUAUUACAUAUAUGCUUUUACUCUUGGCCAAUAUACUCUUCAUCCAAAUGUUGUUUAAAUUGAUCACAUUUUUCAACCUUCUGUGAUUUUGUAUUUUCAACACUAGAGGGCAGUCCUGCCACUGAUUUGACCUGUUGUACAGUUUGAUGCUGUAUAUCCAAUCAGGUCCAAGUUUAAGAAGAGGAUGAUGCUGUUUUUAAAAAAAACAAAACAUGUUGCUAAAGUUCAUCUGAGGUCAUCCUAUUCACUGACUAAUUGACAAAGAAAGAGUACAUUAAUAAUUUUACUCACUUAUAUUUAUAACAUCAAGAGACUGUGAACAAUAAAUGUGCAAAAAUAAUUGAAUAUAGGGCUCGAAUUCAACCUGUAGGUCUGUUUACAUACUUUAUUUUACAGAACACACAAGAAGCUUUUUAAACAUUGUAAUAAUCCUUGCCAUUACAAGGAUAAAUAUUGUACAUCAGGUGUAACAUGUAGAGUAGCAUGUGCUGUGGAAGAUAAGUUGAUGAAUGUAUUAUUUACGAUUUGUAUGCAGUCACACUCUCUGUAAAAGCAUAAACAUGGUCAAGACCAGGGAUACCCCUAUGACUGAGAAUAUAAGUAUGAGCAGUACAUUGUGAAUUCACACAUGAAUAAUUUGUUAACUGUGCCUGUGUUGUAACUUAAAUGAUUAAACAGUCAUAAUG